CAUCCACCAUGUGUUACCGUGCCGUGUCCGUUGUCGACCGCGGCCCGUGCGCUCAAGUUUGUCAAUAUCACCCGCCACGAUGGCAUUCCCUUUGAAGCACUCAAACCCGGCACCGGCUUCACCAUCACCUGCCACACCCUCGUGUUAGGUCGCGGCAGCAUGGCGUGGAAGGAGGACUACACGGUCACCUCCGGUGAGCUCUGGGAGGCCAACACUCCCGAGCGCCUCCCACGCUGCAUCCUCAUGUUCCCUCAAGUCGACAUCGACAGGCCACAUGUAGUGCACUUCCUUUACAUUGAGUUUGGAUAUUAUGCCUGCAAGAAGAUGUGGGUGGUCUCCAUCGACAUGAGCACCAAGACUGUGGAGUCAUUUUCUCUGUAUAUCAAUGGGCAUGAGGGCCUUAAAACUGACGAUGCUGACUUGAUCGACUUGAUCGAACGAAAGUCCGUGUCCCCCUGGCCCUUCCUCCCUUGUGAGUUCCCCAAGUUCCUCAAUUUAUCAAGGAAGAGGGAGCAUAUGGAAUGAGUCUAUUCCUGCCAACUUCAUGGUUGUUGUCUUCCCGGCCAACCAUUUUGCAUCCGUCUGAAUGGUUCCACAAGGAAGGCUCCUGUCUUGCUUGUCAACAAGAUUGAAGGAGCUGUGUUUCAUGCUGUGGCCUAGGAAGCAUCUAUCUUUUAUGGUCUAUUUUUAUGCUGUAUGAACGGAUAAGUUAUAUCAAGUUUAUCGUGUGUCGUCAAGAAAGAAGUUUGUCGUGUGUCCUGCCUUUUUAAGUACAAUCUUUAGAUUGUGUCA